AUGUUAGGCAGAGCAGCGCAUAGGUGUGCGGUGGCUCAAAACUAUGCUAAUCAAUCAGUUGUACGACACUCGAGGCGAUAUUUUACAGAUUUUCAGCUGGUAGCAGAUGCGUUUACCUAUUUGCAUAAUGCUUCAGGAAUUCCAUGGAUUGCAUUGAUACCAAUUAGUACGAUGACCUUGAGAACACUGUUCACGUUGCCUUUGAGUAUAUGGCAGCGUAAGAGAAUAAUUAAGCAGCAGGAGCUGAGAAAGCUGACAAAAUCAAUGGUACCUAUAAUAAGAUCGAGGCUGUCGUUGACAAAAGCACUUUCAGAGAACAAGUUGAAGACUUUUUCGAAGGAAGAUGUUGCCAAAGUACUUCAACAACAAAAACUGUCAACUUUGACCCCUGAACAAAUCGUUUUUAUCUCACUGAGAGAAACAAGAAAGAGACAAAAAAAACUAUUCAAAGAGCAUGACGUUCAAAUGUGGAAAAAUAUAUUAUUACCCAUGGUUCAGAUACCUUUAUGGUGUAGCGUAUCUUUAGGACUAAGGAAGCUAACUUCCUUGAGGAUUCAUGGAACUACACAUGAAUGGUUCGAGCAAUUUAGAUAUUACAGCAUGGACUUAGUCGGACCUUGGGAGACAUACCCCGCCAUAAUACCGAUGUUAUUGGGCAUAUUCUCCCUUUUAAACGUUGAGUAUAACGGUAAAAUGAUGCAUAGAAGAAGUACUGACCUUGUUGGCAUAAAAAUGUACGAGGACGAAUAUUCGGGUGCAAGCCAAGGUAUUUCGAGUAUUUUGAACGUCUCAAGACUGGGCUGCAUAUUUAUGAUGGGUGUUUCGUCACAAACAUCUGUAAUAUUAUCCUUAUAUUGGAUAAGCUCACAAGUAUAUUCUUUAAUUCAGAAUAUGGUUAUGGACAGGCUCUGGCCUUAUCAAAGGUAA